CUGUUGAAGGUGCUUGAACCAGCUGGUGCUCAAUUCCUUCAAUUAUAUUGAGAAAAUGCGUUGCAUUGGAGCAGUUUUCUUGACGGUGGUGUGGAUGUUGGCGUCCGGUGGCGAGGGUGGCCGCAUACUCGCCGUCUUCCCCUUUCCGUCGCGAAGCCAUGCCAUCGUGCUGGAAGCGUUGGCCGCCGCGCUGGCCGCCCGAGGCCACGAGCUGGUGGUCGUGUCGUCCUUCCCCGACGCUGCCAAGCACAACUACACCGACGUCGACCUGAUGCCAGACUUCGCCGGCUCCAUCUUCACGCAGCACUCGUUCUCGCGAUUCGAGAUGAACGCUUUCCAGCAGGCCGUGACCGUUUGGAAUAAGGGCCUCGGCAUGACCGAGACCGUGGCCGGCUCCGAGGCCUUCCACCGCGUCCUCCAAGAUGAGAGGGGCUUUGAUUUGGUCAUCGUUGAGCAGUUCCUCAAUGAAGGUCUCUACGGGCUGGCACACCACUUUAAGGCGCCGUUGGUGCUGCUCUGCUCGUUUGGCGGUUUCCACUGGCACAACUACGCGCUGGCCAACCCUACGCCGCUCUCGUACUACCCCAACCCUUUGCUCGAAUACACGCACAAGAUGACGUUCACCGAGAGGAUGACCAACGUCGUGAUGACCACCCUCUGGGACCUUGGACAUUUCUACUAUUACCUCCCCAGACACGACACCAUUAGCAAAACGUUAUUUGGGCCAGAGACGCCCCACGUUUUGGAGCUGGAGUCGCGUGCGGCGGUGGUGCUGGUGAACCAGCACUUCAGUCUCAACUACCCGCGGCCGCUGCUGCCGAACGUGGUCGAGGUGGGUGGCAUGCACGUUUCUCGCAGUGAGGUCCGGCCGCUGCCCGACGAGCUGCGGCUUUUCCUGGACGGCGCCGAGCACGGCGUCGUCUACUUCUCCAUGGGCAGCAACCUUCGCAGCGAGCAGAUGGGCGAGGCCAGGGUCAAAGCGUUCGUCGACGCGUUUGCUCAGCUGAAGCAGAGGGUGCUAUGGAAGUGGGAGGCCGACUCGCUGCCCGCUACCCUCACACAUCCCCCCAACCUUAAAUUGGCAAAGUGGUUGCCCCAGCAGCAGAUCCUUGCCCAUCCCAAGGUAGACGUUUUCAUAACGCACGGCGGCCUGCUGAGCGCGCAGGAAGCGGCCCUGCACGGCGUCGUCCUGGUUGGCAUUCCCAUUUUUGGCGACCAGACGCUCAAUAUGAAGAAGGCACAGCACGGCGGCUUUGGUAUUCUGCUCGACUUCAACAACGUCACCAAAGAGUCUGUGCUCUGGGCUCUCAACGAGGCCCUUUACAACCCAAGAUUGAAAGAAGCAUCGAGAGCUAGGACAGCGCAGUACAGAGACCAGCCCGAGUCGCCUUUGGAGAGGGCUGUCUUUUGGGUCGAGUACGCCCUGAGACACAAGACCUCUGAUCACCUGCGGUCGGCUGGCGCUGAUCUCAACUGGCUCCAACUAGGACUGUGGGACGUCUACGCCGUUCUCCUUGCUCCACCCGUAUUCCUCAGCUGGCUUUUCAGCAAAAUUUGCUGCUCAAAAUCUAAGAAAAAACCAUCGACAAAGAAAACGCAAUAA